CGUACAUGUGAGCCAGGCGCUGAUAUCCAUGCGCGACGGAGCUCGGCCCCCUUUUACCCAGCGCGCCUGAAUCCUUCCGCGCCACGCUUCCUCCCUCCGGCAGCUCGCCCGGCACCGCCCGAGCACUGACCCGGCACAGCCCGCAUGGAGCUCAUCAAUAUCCUCGAGAAGACCGUGUCUCCGGGUAGGCGUGGGGGGGGAGAGAGUUGGGGGAGGGUAGGAGUACCGAGCCGGUGGCUGAGUAUGAGAGCAGUUACCGGCUGUUAGAGAGCCGUUGUGUGAGGCGGUGACCGGCUGUGUGUGUGGUGACAGCCGGGGGGACAGUACGUGCAGCCUCCGGCCCUGACCUUCUUCUCUCCCCACAGACCGCAAUGAGUUGGAGGCGGCGCAGAAGUUUCUGGAGCAGGCGGCCAUCGAGAACCUGGUGAGAGAGCGGGGCUGGCGGGGGGGGACUGUAAGAGAGAGCGGCCUGGUGUCAGUCAGUGAGGGCGGCCGGGCCGGGUGUCUGUCGGUGUGUGUGUGAGGGCGGCCGGGCCGGGUGUCUGUGUGAGGGCGGCCGGGCCGGGUGUCUGUGUGAGGGCGGCCGGGCCGGGUGUCUGUGUGAGGGCGGCCGGGCCGGGUGUCGGUGUGUGUGUGAGGGCGGCCGGGCCGGGUGUCGGUGUGUGUGUGUGAGGGCGGCCGGGCCGGGUGUGAUGGCGGUUUAUCAGUCAGUGAGCGGGCAGCUCCCAGUUCAGGUUUCCCGCCGUGUACCCGGCUAGGCCCGAGCCGUGUGACGCCCUCCCCGGUCUCUCCUGUCAGUGAGAGCAGCGGCCUUGGCCGGCAGUCACUCCAGGCCUCACUGUAUCCGCCAAUAGCAGGCGCAGCCUAACCUGCCCGCCAUGCUGCGCCAGCCAAUAGGGAGCCGAGCUGAGCGCGAGCCGGCUGCCUUCCGACCAAUCAGAGCGCUAGGCCAGGGAGCGGCGCGAGAGGCGGUGGCAGAGCACGCUGGGUUGCAUGGAGGAGUGAUCCUCGAUGUGUAAUGCCGCCAUGUGCGGCCCAGGGCUCUCAGUACAUCAUCCUCAGGCAGCGUCUAGCCACACUGGGUGCCCGGUGUUAUAGGAGUCAUGGCUUCUGACACAACAACUCAUGAGGGCCAUGCUUCCUAUAUUACUUGGCCAGUCAUUAGCGACUAUGUUAUGCCCCCAUUUGUAUUAAGGUGUUCCCAUAUGAUAAAUACUGCUUGACAUAAAAGCUGCCCGUUGUGGUUUAUGGACCUUGUGUGAAACAUGGCUGCCAACAUAUAACCGGCCACCGAAUAUUGACUCUAUUUGAGUUGUAUUCUUGAAGUGUGGGUGGUUAGGGUAUACCAAAACUAAAUGUUUGGCAGUUACAGCGGCUUGAACGUGCCUGCAUAUUAUUAAGCUGCCUGACCAAUGCCAGGCACUUGGAAUCUAAGCUGUAUUGCAAGAUUUUAAGUUGUUGUUGUUCUGCUUUUAAUGCACGAGAAAUAGUUUUUAACCUUGAGUGUCAAGGGUUCGCCAUCAAUUACUUAUCCUACCUAAAGGGACAUGGGGUAGAAGACCAAUUGUAUCGAAAAGCAAAAUGCAUUCUUUCAUGUUAACUCUUUCCUUAGGUAAAGGAUUACAUACAGUAUUGAUUUCUUCAUAACUUUUGUCAAUAUCUGCAGCCUGUUUUAUGCUUUUUUGGUUUGUUUUACUUCUGCUAAUAUGGUGAAGGAUGUUUAUUGUAUUAUUUGAAGUUGUUAAAUUGAACCAGUUUCUUCAUUCAUUGACGUGUUAUGGUGAAUAUUCAGAAAAUCUCAGGUCAUAAACUUUUUUUUUUUUUUUUGGAUCUGUGUAUAAACAAAAAUAGCUGACCCUUAUAGACACUUCAAAUAUUAUACAUUAGAAUAUCAAUCAAAUAUUCUACGAUGCAACUUGUCAAAUUGUAACCACAUGUCUAAUGCUGGUUAUCUUGACAAAGAUGGGCAUCGUAUUCUUACAUAUUUAAAAUAAACUCUGUGAACUUCGGUUGAGAAGUCAUUCAGCUAGAAUAUUCAUAAAUAUUAGAAUUAAAAGUUCUGCUUCUGUAAUCCAUCUGUAGCGGAUUAGGCUAUGACAAUAGAAUGAAGUAAGACAGACUUCAAGUUGCUCGUAAAGUUUCUAGGAUAUAUAGAUAUAUAGCGAGAGAGCAAGAUAUUCUGUCUAUCUAUUUAAUAGCAAUUUGCAAAUACAUCUUCCUACUUCAGUGAGGUGUAGUGGAAAACACAGUCCUCAUUUAUGGUGGGAACUGUUGUGAUACUCAACAAUAGUAUCACAAGCAAUCUUUGAGGAAAGUAGAUUUCUUCCAGAAUAAUUAGACAUUUAUAGGGUUUGGUGUCAUAAUGGUUAUUUGCACUAAAUUACAUUUCAGGCUAUAUAUUUAUGGUGGUCCUUACUCUAGAAAACUUAAUUUAAAGGGACACUAUAGUCACCAGAACAACUACAGCUUAUGAAAUUUGUUCCAGUGAGUAGAAUCAUUACCUUCAGGCUUUUUGCUGUAAACACUGUCUUUUCAGAGAAAAUGCAGUGUUUACAUUACAGCCAGGUGAUAACUUCACUGGUCAGUCCUUAGAUGGCUGUUAGAGAUCCUUCCUGGAUCGUGGCUGCCUAAAAUGCAUCCAAACAUUGUGUCCCCUCCCUCUGCAUGCAGACACUGAACUUUCCUUAUAGAGAUACAUUGAUUCAAUUCAUCUCUGAGGAGAUACUGAUUGGCCAGGGCUGUGUUUGAAGUGUGCUGGCUCUGCCUCUUUGUCAGUCUCAGCCAAUCCUAUGGGGCAGCAUUAUGAUUGGAUGAGGCUACCACUUCUGCUGAUGUCAGCAGGCAGUGGGCAGGUCUAAAGGAAAUGGGGACAAAGUAAGCAGCUGCAGUCUUCAAUAAAGUAAGAUUUUACUAUAUUUUGAGAGGCAUGAGGGGACCAGGGUGGCUAGAUGGUGGUUUUAACCCUAUGGAGUCAGGAAUACAUGUUUGUGUUCUUGAUCCUAUAGUGCUCCUUUAAGCAUUUGCAUGGUGUCCUGAAACACUUUGUCACUGGAAAGGGAACAUUUAUACUUUAAUUCACUGGUCAGAUUACAUGUUACAGUAUAGCCAGCAAAUCGGUGUAAGAGCAUGCUUUCCCAAAAUCUUGGAAAUAAACUUGCAACCAUAUCAAAAUAUGGUGAUGCAUUAUAUCCUUAUAUUAUGUUAGACCUCUAGUACAUGUGCAAACCCCCUUGUGAUUAUUUGAAUAUUAUUUGCCCUGCAUUAAAUAUAAAUGGCAACAUCCACUACACUUUUAUUUUGUCAAGCAUUCUAGAGACUGGUCUUUGCCAAAUUCAGUAAAUUUUUACCUCCACAUAAUAAUUCAUCAAUGCAAACAGAUUAGUAGAUGGCUAUCCUUUAGUCAUAAAGUUCUGCUUGUGAUUUUCUAAACCGGGUGUAGGACGUGCCUCUCUCAAUUGGAAAUUGAUUUGUUGCAUUCUCUUGACGUAUGGUCUGAUAAAUGCUAGAACUGAUUUUCAGAUCUUGAAUCUGCUGAAUAUUUUACUUAAAUUUGGUCUCCAUUCACUUCAGCUUUCUCCACUCCCUAUCCCAAAUCUAGUAGCUAAGAUCACUAAGGCUAACAGUAAGUGUAGAUGCCUACAGUCAAAGGUGGUGUAUCUGGUUAGUCCAUUGGCCAUGGAGUGCAGUCAGAGGGAGUUGGGUUUACUUACCUGAUUUUGUACAUUGCCUCUGCAAUCUCCCUACACACCUUCGGCUCCUUCAAUUUCAUCUCACCGGAGCUGUAAAAGUCAUGUAAUAUUGCACAUUCACGAGUGCGCAACAUUUGAGGUCUGAUGACCGCUGGAGUCUGCAUAGGUCGCAUUUCGUGAUGAAUGAGAGCAUGCCUGAAAUCCACAGCAGUCAUUGUUGAUGGCUGCUGGGAUUGGACAAAAGUUAACAAUAGAGCACUGUCUUUUUUGUUCAACAUUAUGCUUGCUUAUAAGACCAAGUAGUCACUAUAUUGUCUUAUAAUUUAUAUGAAAUAUUCAGUCUGACAGCAUUGGAAUUUCAUUUAAAUUUCAAUGCAAUCCAAAUAAAUCAUCUCUAUGAAAUACGCAGAAGUGACAGAGCUGCAUUAAAUAGGUUUUCACAUAUUUCAUAUUGUAACUUAUGUAUAAUGGCAGUCCUGGUUCGAUCUGUUUCUAAUGCGGUUUAGAGACUGACUUUUAAAAUGUAGUGUUUUGCAAAGAUAAUUAAAAAUACAGGGUUCUAAUUUCAGCCCAGCUUCCAGAAGUUGCUGCAUUCAUAUAUAUGGGAUAGGUGCAGGCCUGCACACAACUUCUGAUGCUUCAUGAUCCCCUUGUUCUGGAAUCAGAUGUUGAACUAAUACUUUACUAAUAUUAAUAUCAAACCUUUUUUAUAUUUGCUAGGGUUUUAGCUCGUCACUUAUUUUUGCCAUACUAAAGGAACAAUCAAAGAACCGUAACCAAUACACUCCUGGUACCAUAAACAAUACAGUACAAAUGUAGGCGUUAUGGUGUUUGUGGAGUUCCUUUCUCCUUUUAAUGAAUGACUCUAUUGUAAUUCUAUAAAGACACUUGGUAACCUAGUGCAUAUUUUGUUUUAAAAACAAAAAACCCAAAGUGGUGGUCUGCUCAAUAUGUUCCAACAACCAAAGGUGGGAGAUAAACUAGUGGUACUUAAAGUUCUUCCCUGUACGUGCUGCUUCGUCCAUAUGUGCAGCACAUAAGCUUAUGGAGGAUCCCACAUUCUUGCGAUAUGCUAGAUCCCAGAUUUCUACAGCUGCUUCUAGUAAGUGUUCUGGGAAUUGACUAAACUUGCAUAGAUUCUGACCUAAACUUCAAGCAUGACGAUAAGACAAAGUAAUACUACUUUCUGAAGUGAAAUUUCAAUGCAGUUUAUAUGGUCAUUUCAGAAAGAUUAUAUCUUUAUGAAAUAGUUAAAGGACCACUCUAGGCACCCAGACCACUUCAGCUUAAUGAAGUGGUCUGGGUGCCAGGUCCUUCUAGGGUUAACCCAUUUUUUUAUAAACAGAGCUGUUUCAGAGAAACUAUGUUUAUUAAUGGUUAAGCCUUCCCCCUAAUCCUCUAGUGGCUGUCUCAUUGACAGCCACUAGAGGCGCUUGCGUGCUUCUCACUGUGAUUUUCACAGUGAGAGCACGCAAGCGUCCAUAGGAAAGCUAUGCGUGCACAUUCAGCCCAGGAGGAGGAACGGAGUAGGAGAGCUCCCCGCCCAGCGCUGGAAAAAGGUACGUUUUUACCCCUUUCCCCCUUCCAGAGCCGGGCAGGAGGGGGACCCUGAGGGUGGGGGCACCCUCAGGGCACUAUAGUGCCUGGAAAACGAGUGUUUUCCUGGCACUAUAGUGGUCCUUUAAGGGAAACUCUAGGCACCAAAACAUUUAGCUUAAUUACCGGUAAGUUUGUUUUGGUGUGUGUGUGUGUGUAUAUAUCAUGCCCCCACAUUCUCAUUGGUUAACUGAUCUUUAGAAGUUUUGUUAAUUUUGUUUAUGAAGCCCAAGUCUAUUUUCAAUGUAUGUGGCUUACACAGCUUUUCUUAACACAUCCGGUACAAAGAGAUCUAAUGUUUAAACUUCAUUUUGUUGCAUAUUCUGUUUUAUUUAGAACUUCUGCUGCUCUGUUAACCUACUAGACCAUCUAGGAGCCUCCUCUAUGUGAUUAAAGUUCAAUUUACAGGAGAUAACUUCUUAAGUAUACAUCUGAUUAAAAAUGAAACCCUUUUUAAUGCAGGCUGUGUCAGGCAUAGUCAGAGGAGGCGUGGCUAGGGCUACGUAAACAUUAACUCUUAACUGGCAGAGAAUUGAGCAGUGUGACUACACAAGCAUGGUCUUAUCACCCAAACUGCUUCAUUCAGCUAAUGUUGUCUUGGUGCCUAUAGUAACCUUUAAAUUAUAUUAUGAUGGUCACUUUAGAGAACUUGAAAUAUGCAGUACAUGUCUGUUGUGGUUUUUUUGGGUUUUUUUUGCUCAAGAAUCUGCAGAUUAUAGUAAACCUGGCACUGCCAUAAGUUCUCACAUGUUUUGGCUACUGGGUGUGGUUUGAAUCCUAAGCGGGUUUGUAACUGCCUGGGGACUUUGCAUAUUGUGGGGGGCAGGCAAACGUGAGUUUUACUCAUCUGAUCCUGUCCCUUGUGGGUGCUGCCAAGCGUCUUUCAUUGCUGUACUCUCAUGCAUGCACGAGAAUACAGCAUUGAGGUCUGUAGAGUAUAACAUGGGAUCCUCCAUAGAUAGAGCUAACAUCCCUGCAACUGUCACUUUUGCUUGACCGCUGUAGCUCUGCCCAAUUUAAGGCAUAGGAAAAAUGGAAAUAAACUUCUCCCACCACCCAUCCUCCUUUCUUUUCUUUUUUUCCUGGGUUGGAAUUUCAGUGAAUUUUCUCUUUGUGAAAGAAUCAUUUUGCAGAGGAAGGUGACAAUGCCACUUUAAGUACACGCAUUCAACCAUUGGGCAUCCUUAUUGUGUAACUGCAUAACAAGCACAUAGUAUACUUUACAUUGUUAUAACGUGACACCAUCAAAAAUGGAAUACCGUUUAUGUUAAAGGGUUACUCCUUUUGGCAUUUGAGGAGUUAGCGUGUUUUUCCAAUUUAAAAUGCCCUUUUGGGCACUACUAAUUAAAGUAAAAGGAUUCAUACUUACCCAGAAUCUAGCACUGGGCUAAUUUCCAAACACUGCGUUGCGCGAUCUGACAUGCCGUCGUAUUGAGCGGACUGGCCGGCAGGGCUGAAAAUAUUGGACAAUGGGGACAUCCAUGCUUCUCAAGGGUAAGCUCAGUACGUCCAUUGACAUUAAGCCAUGUGUGCAGACUUCUGUUUGUGCAGCAGAACCACUGUACAUACAAAUUCCCACCACCACUUCAAAUCAUGAAAGUGGUAAUGGUGGUGGGAAUAACCCUUUAAGUAAAUUGCUCCUCUAAGGAGAGCUCAAAGAGACAUCUGACUAUACAAUGUAUUGUGGAGUUAUCUGUGAGAUUAAUGUCUUGCAGCAGUUUUUUAUGGGGCUGUUGACAAUGCCAGCAACUGUUAUAGAAAGUAGGGAAAGAUCGAUUUAUAGGUUCGGCCGAUAUUCCGGAUAUUGGCAAAUAUCGGUAUCCGCCAUUAUAGAUACUGAUAUUGGCUAUAAUGGGAAGCGGCGGUGCUUUAGGGUGCACAGAUUAUGGGGGCAAUACAAUAGUGAAUUGCAGGAAGGAAGCGCACAGCACACCCCCCCUACAGGUCACUCAGUGUAGCGUGAUCGAGCGGACUGCAGUACAAGAGCUUCAGUUUCUUGUACCCUGCUGGACUGACUGGAAGUGCUCACUUUUACUAGACAGCCACUAGAGUGCACUUCCGUGUCCCUAGCACAGGAAACCUGUGCUAGAGCGUCGCUGGACGUCCUCAUGCUGUGUGAGGACCUCCAGGAUCUCUCAAUUCCCCAUAGGAAAGCAUUUUUUCAAUGCUUUCCUAUGGGAAUUCUAAUGCGCAUGCGUAGCAUUGCCACGCAUGCGCAUUAGGUCUCCCUGGCCCGUGGGCGGGAUCAGUCUCGCCCACUGGCAGACGCAAUCACUGGAAGGAGCAGCGGAGGAAGAAGCAGCGCCGUGGUAAGUCACUGAAGGGGUGGGAGGGAGAGGGGAUCUGCAGUGCCAGGAAAACUGCACUGGAGUUUCCUUUUAACAGUGAUUUGUGAGUAUGUGUGUAUAUAUGUAUUGGUAAGUUAUCGGCUAUCUGCCUGAAAGCUUGCAUAUUAUCAGUAUCUGCUCUCAAUAAUAGGUUGAUCCUCAAUAGAAAGCAUGAAUGGUCUAUUUACAUUAGAAAAAGCUGACAACCCCGUGUAGACAUUUUAUUUUCUACUUGUAAUUCAGAGGAUGACUGGCUUAAAAAUGAGUUGCCAUCUUGGGGUACUUUGGUUUAACUCCUCAAUGCAUCUCCCUUCCUAGUUAGAAAAUGUUCUCCACUUAAAAGAACAAAGAUCAUGUUUAAAAUGUGUGUAACUUUUUUUUUUUUUUUUUUUUUAUUUUAAACUUUCUUUUUCUUUGUUUAGCCAACUUUCUUGGUGGAACUUUCCAAGGUCCUAGCAAAUCCUGCAAACAGUCAGGUAGCCAGAGUUGCAUCUGGCCUGCAGAUUAAGAACUCUCUGACCUCAAAAGAUCCAGAUGUGAAGGCACAGUAUCAGCAACGCUGGCUAGCAAUUGAUGCAAAUGCCCGUCGAGAAAUCAAAACAUUUGUAAGUUGUUGGUGGCACAUAUUAGAAGAAUAAAAUGGAUCAGCUUUCCUGUGUGACAAUGUUGUGCCAUGUUUCCUCAGGUUUUGCGGACAUUGGGCACAGAGAGCUACAGGCCCAGCUCAGCAUCACAAUGUGUUGCAGGUAUUGCAUGUGCAGAAAUACCUGUAAACCAAUGGCCGCAACUAAUCCCACAACUGGUUGCCAAUGUGACCGACCCGAACAGUACGGAACAUAUGAAAGAGUCAACACUGGAAGCUAUCGGAUACAUCUGCCAGGAUAUUGUAAGUGUAAAUACUUCAAAAAGCUGCACUUAUGAUUGAUACAUUUAUGCAGUGUAUAACAUACAUUUGUACAAUUAUAUUCACAAUUAAAGGAACACUACAAUGACCGGGACGCAGAUCUAUAUUCCUGACCCUAUAGUUUUAAAACCACCAUUUUGGUGGCUUGCUCUCCCUUAGCCCCUUUAAAAGGUAAUAACUUACCUUAUUUCCAUCGUCGCGUGGGUCUGCCGGCGGUUUCCCAGUCCCGCUUCCUUGCUGACAUCAACAUUUUUUUAUUUCAGCCAACCCAAUAGUGAAGGUAUUGGGUUGGCUGAAAUUGUCAAGAAGGUACUGAAUCAGUGCAUCUCUAUGAGAAAAGUACUCAUAAAGGUAAUGAGUUAAAUUGACAAAAAUGAAUCCAUUGUGAUAUGGCAGUAAAGAGUUAAACAUAUCUGUCUGAUGAUGACAAGUUCAUGCACCACACAGAAAUAUUACUGUGUUGAUUAUGAAACUCUGAAGACUUGAAUAUUCUACUGCCAGGGAAUGAAAUACGUUUACAGGUUUAUGCUGCAAUCAAGCUUCGCCUAAAGUAAAAAUAUAGAAUGAGGUAUAAAUUAUUUUUUAAAAAGUCUGUAGGUAAUGGUAUGCAAAAGAAAAUUAACUGGCUUGUUUUAACACUUACACUUUUAUUGCUAGUCAUUUGAAAAACAUGUUUUCCUCUUUAUCUCUUCAGCAUAGAAGAUGAACAAUAUAGUAUAUUAUAAUUUAAUAAAUCUGUAAUGAAAUAUAUUUAGUCACACAAAUUAAAAAACAGUUUAUAUGCAGAUGUUUGUGUUCUGGAUGUAUCAGUUGCAGCUAAAGUUGCUAGGUCAACAAUAUUUCCAUUCACACAAACAACCUCUACAUUUUAACCUAAAGUACAUGAAAAGUGAGGAGCAGCACUUUGUAAAAAUUCAUAAGCUGCCAAAGUUGAAUGGUUUAUUACAAGGGAACACCUGUGGUUAAUUGACUACAUGUUGCUGGUGUGGCACUUAAACAUGCAGCUAAUCUGACAACUCUGGUCUGAUCUUGGUGGUAUUGCCCUUCAGUCAGCUCUAUGCUGUUUUUUUUUUUUUUUUCAGCUUUGGAUAGUGUUCAUAAUGUGUGUGUGUAUAUAAUUAUCUGAUUAACAUGCUAUAUAUAAGUUUAGAUGUACCCACUGAAUGCAAUAUGCGCAGACAUGGGGGUUAUUCACUAGAGUGAAUUUGAAAUUUACUUCGUGUUACUUUAAAACUUACUCUAGUGAAUUUUAAUUUAUUUUUUUGGCACCCAAGUAUAUCUGUUUCUGCUUUCAUGUGUUCCUUAUAGACCCAUUAGUAGUAAAGUGGUGCUCUAAUCUACAUCUCCCUUCUUUGUGUUUGUGCAGUUUGGUUGCUUUGGUCAACCAUUGUUUUGUCAGACACAACUCCUUCAGCUAAAUUGAUACUGAAUUUACACUUCUGUAUUAUAACUACCAUAUAGGCUGCAUCUCUGCUAAGGUGCAGAAGAAGUUAAAGUAUGUUUUAGAUAUAAAAUUGUUUUACACGGUUGUGUUGGUAUGUGUUUUGUGGUAUUUUUUUUAAAUUUUUUUUUAUCAGAUGGUGUUUUUGCUCGUAAUCUCAACCGAGUUGUCCAGCUCAUCUUGAACCAUCUAAUAUCUGUGGAUUUACAUUCUCAAACUGUUUUGUUCUGCUUUUCUCAUAGGACCCUGAGCAACUUCAGCACAAAUCCAAUGAAAUCCUGACUGCAAUUAUCCAAGGAAUGAGGAAAGAGGAGCCCAGCAACAAUGUUAGACUGGCAGCUACCAAUGCCCUGCUAAACUCUUUGGAGUUUACCAAAGCCAACUUUGACAAGGAGGUAAGUAAAACACUGGGCAGGACUGAUAAGUAUAUUGGUCAUGCAUGUAAUUGAUCCUGUGAGGUGAUAAACAAGGCCUAUGGGUUCCCAGGUGUAUUUCUUAAAUGCCUCAUUCUGACCUAUUUCUUAAAUGCCUCUUUUAGAGUGUUGUCGUUUGAGGUCCAUUAAUCUCCUUGUAAACUCUAGAUUGCAUGUUAAUAUAUUACGUUUCACUCUUCUGCCAUUUAACUUGUCUGCUAAUCAGUUAUGACCCACUCCUGCUAGUUUAGUGUGCAGUAUGUUUUAUAGAAUAUACAUGUUUAUAUAGAAUUUUCUGCAGAUGUGUUUGUACCCACCUCUCGUGUUUACAAAUGAAUUAUUGUUUUUUGUCUAUAGUGUGCUAAAAUUCUUUGAAUAUGUUUCUUCUCAGCACAGCAACCUGGUGGUUGUCAUGCAGUUAAGCAGGUCACUUACUCAUGUUACAUUACAAUGAUAGCAGCUGGAUAACUAUGCUUAGAGGAAUCAAAGCUCUUUGUAGGAGCCUCCACCUCCCAAAGCCACAUUUUGGUGGCCUCUGCUAAAUUAAAAAAAAUUCCUCACCAAGACUGUUUAUACUUGUAUGGCAAGUGGCAUAUUUGGACAUAGAUAAGGUAUCGGUGCUUUUGUGUACUUACUGUAGUAGUUGUCAGUUACCUAAAAUUACAUAACCAGGAUUUUCCCUUUUUGAGCACAGAUGGACUAGUAACAAGGCCCAAGCAACUGUACAGUAGAAAAAGAUAAUUACUGAGCUUUCUAAACGGAAGCAGGUUAUCCUUAAGAUACUGCUGUUCAUUGAGGAUUGGUGUAGGACACCCAUUAGAGAUCUUAAUAUGAAAAACAUUAAAGGUUUUCUAAUGCAUUAGAAACUUUGCAUUUCCAACAUUAUACUGUUCUAAGCUUACAUGGAGCCCGGAAAUGAUAUACAAGAAACAUUUACUUUUUAGCCUGCGUCUUACUGCUCUCAACAUGCACAGCGUUCCAUUCCAAUGCUGAGAUAAUCAAUGAUGAUCUCAGCCAAUCCAGUGUUUCCCUAUGGAGGAAACUACUAUGCAGAGAAAUCAUUGUUCACAAUUGAGAGACUGAAAGUACAUUCUUUUGACACCAGAACAUGUUGAACUGUAGUGGUUCUGGUGCUCAGUGUUUUUUAGUUAUAGGGAUUAAUGUUCUACUCAUGUUGGCUGUUUGCACAGGUUAUAUAGUGUUUAUAAAUGUAUGUGAGCUGACUUAUAGUGCCAGGAAUGCAAAGCUGUGUUCUUGGCAUUAUCGCUCCCCUCCCCCACAACGUUAAAUAAAGGGUGAAAAUUCUUAACUUACCUUAACCCGGCACCGAUGUCCCAUAAUGAGAGGGCACUAAUGUGCAUGCCCGGGAAAUGCGCAUUAGACCUGCCUGUUGGAAAGCAUUGAAUGGGGAAAAUCUGAUGCUGGGUGUCCUCAUGCAAAGUGAGGACGUCCAGUGUCACAUAACGGACCAAAUGUCCGUUUCGAUCUUAGAAACUCCCCCAGUGGUCUUGGAGACAGCGACUGAAGACAGACUUAGUGCUGCAAUACAAACUUUGCAGUUUAUCUGGAUCUAAAUUGUUUUACAUUGCAGCACCAAGUGCAAAAGACCCUGCAAUGAGCUGAAGUGGUCUGGUUGCCUAUAAUUACUCUUUAACGUAGAGGAUGCCUAGGAUGUAUUAACUGGUCUGGCGCGUAAUUCAUUACUUUGGUUACAAGCUCUCUAAGGUGGUUGAUAUAAUGCUAAAAUGUGUGUGUGGCUAUGGGAAUGUUUGAAAUUGCUGAUCUGGCAGCAUGUAGAUGAGAUUCAUGAACCAGUCAUUGUUUUCAGGACAUCACUGUUCCAAUGGAUUUAAUGUGCUGCACAGACACCCUCUGCUUCUCUAUGCCCCUUCAUCAGCGGCUGAUGUCAACACCUUGCUCAGCACUUUUGUUCUGAUGAAUGGUGCCUAAGUGAAGCAGAUGCUCAUUCGCAAAAGGAAAGAUUUGGAGGAAUAUGUAGAAACUAUUUCCAGUUUAGUAUUACCUGAAUUCAAUUAACUUGUGAUACUGAAAUCCUGUUUUUUGCCGUGUGAAAACAGAUUCUUCUUGCCACUACUGAUCUUACUAGCAUUUGCAUGUUAUGCUGACCAAUAUUAAAUCUUGUGAAAAUGUACAUAUGGUGAAUUUCGUUGUCACUUGUAUCAAAUCUUUACGCAUCCAUCCGUCACUUAAAUAUUUGAAAUGAUUUAAUAAAUCAUCACACAAUUACAACCUUGUCUCCAAAUAGUACUUCUGCCUGUGUUCUGAUCCCCAGCUUUGAUGUGGUGCUAGUAGAAAUUGAAAUUCAUGUAAUACAGAGUAAUUAGUUUUAUGGUUAAGUAGUUGUAUCUUCUGUGGAUUCUAAAGUUGGUAAUGGAGACCAAAAAAUAAUGUGGUUAAAUAAAUUGAUGGUCUCCAACAACAUAAGUAAUCAGUCCAGUAAUGCAUAGAGUUGAAUGUAUGUUGCUGUAAUAUUUAUUUGCGCUUUCUUUCAGACUGAAAGACACUAUAUUAUGCAGGUGGUCUGUGAAGCCACACAAUGUCCGGAUACUAGGGUCAGUAUUAAUAUUGGUAACCCAAAUAGAAUUUUUUUUUAUUAUAUUUUUUUUUUCCCAUUCUCAUACAAUGAUCAUUAUGCUUUAUUGUAGGUACGAGUGGCUGCAUUGCAGAAUCUUGUAAAGAUCAUGUCUCUGUACUAUCAGUACAUGGAGACUUAUAUGGGGCCUGCGCUGUUUGCUGUAAGUAUAUAUUUGCUAUUCAGCAUAGUUGCAUAGGCAUCUACUAUAAAACAAAAUUCAACCUUGAAACUCAUUUAUGCUGUUGAUCCAAAAGAAGGCGCAAACCCAAUUAUAGCAAUUUCCAAUUAUGCCACAGAAAGGGGAAAAAAUUCCAUCUUGAUUCCAUAAUUGCAAUCCCAUUUCUCCUUGGAUCAACAACCCUUUUUUUUUUUUUUUUUUAAAUUGCUCUGAUGUUUGUUCCAUGGUUGUUUUGCAGAUCACUGUAGAGGCGAUGAAGAAUGAAAUAGAUGAAGUUGCACUUCAGGGUAUUGAGUUUUGGUCCAACGUUUGUGAUGAGGAGAUGGACCUUGCAAUUGAAGCAUCAGAAGUAAGUUUUUGUUGCUUACCUGGAGGUAAAGAUGCAUAGCGUAGUACAAAAAUUAAAGACUGCAUUGAUACAUUUAUGCAGUGUAUAACAUACAUUUGUACAAUUAUAUUCACAAUUAAAGGAACACUACAGUGACCGGGACGCAGAUCUAUAUUCCUGACCCUAUAGUUUUAAAACCACCAUUUUGGUGGCUUGCUCUCCCUUAGCCCCUUUAAAAGGUAAUAACUUACCUUAUUUCCAUCGUCGCGUGGGUCUGCCGGCGGUUUCCCAGUCCCGCUUCCUUGCUGACAUCAAAUUUUUUUUAUUUCAGCCAACCCAAUAGUUUUUCUCAUAGUGAAGGUAUUGGGUUGGCUGAAAUUGUCAAGAAGGUACUGAAUCAGUGCAUCUCUAUGAGAAAAGUACUCUAAACUGCAGUGCACAGACCCUGUGAAACACCUCCAGUGGCCAUCUGAGAAGUGUCCAUAUAGGGCAAUGUAAACACUGCCAUUUCUCUGAAAAGGCAGUGUUUACAUGAAAAUGCCUUAAGGGGAUGAUUAUACUAAGCAGAACGACCUUUAACAUUUUGUGUACAGUUCUCUAAGAAACAUUGUAUUGGAGGAUAGAACUGUAGUUCUGCAUAGCUUUUCUGGAUCUCUGAAGAAAGUCUGAUACUUCACAAUUAGUAUAUCCCUUACCACAAUCCUUAUUGGUCUCCUUUUCCUCUCAUUUGCUUUCUGGUUUCUGGCCAAUAAACCAUAAAAUAUGAACUGAGCCAUAUCUUGCUUUCUUUACUUGUGUUAAGGUUUGAAAUUCCCAAGUAGUCUACUGGAGUGAUUGUAUUAUGACCCAUUACUAGCUGUCCUAUAUAGUUUUUCUGGGACUUAGAAGAGGACACGUGGUUUGACUUCCUUCACAUACUCCAAUUUGCUAUUCUGCAAUGUAUGUGAGGAAGAAAUAACCUAAAUGAAUGGCCAUAAUGAUGUAUUCUGGUACUCUAGAGCUGAUCAAACCUAUGUGGUGAAUGCCAUACAUAGCAGCACAUCACUGCACUUACCAUGACUGCUCUCUGUAAAAUCACACACCCCAAAACCUAGUUUUUGGGAUUUUUUUUUCUGAAUAGUUUUGCAAACCUAAAUUUAAAGGUAAUGAGUUAAAUUGACAAAAAUGAAUCCAUUGUGAUAUGGCAGUAAAGAGUUAAACAUAUCUGUCUGAUGAUGACAAGUUCAUGCACCACACAGAAAUAUUACUGUGUUGAUUAUGAAACUCUGAAGACUUGAAUAUUCUACUGCCAGGGAAUGAAAUACGUUUACAGGUUUAUGCUGCAAUCAAGCUUCGCCUAAAGUAAAAAUAUAGAAUGAGGUAUAAAUUAUUUUUUAAAAAGUCUGUAGGUAAUGGUAUGCAAAAGAAAAUUAACUGGCUUGUUUUAACAUUGGCUAAUUCAAAUUUUUAAUAUAAUGUAUAUCCAAUAUAUUAAAGGAAAAAAUGCAAAGUAUAUUCUAUUUCAGAUAUGUUUUAUAGAUUUAUUUGUAAAUGUUUAAAAAGUCAUGUAAAAUUGUCAUAUUUCAGAGGAACAGAGGUUCUGACUUUGAGAUUAUUUUGUCCCUUCAGGCAGCUGAACAAGGAAGACCUCCAGAGCACACAAGCAAGUUCUACGCUAAAGGUGCCCUGCAGUACCUGGUCCCCAUCCUGACACAAACCCUCACAAAGCAGGUUAGCAACAUUAUAUUAACAUUUGAUGCAUUAAAUUACUGCUUUACAGUUCUGGGCCCUGUAGAUAAGUGUAUAGAUAAGUGUGUAGAUAAGGGCAAGUGACUGUGCAUGAAAUAUUUUUACAAUUUUUUUUCUUUGUUUUAAAGGACGAGAACGAUGACGAUGAUGAUUGGAACCCAUGCAAAGCUGCUGGAGUGUGCCUCAUGUUGCUUGCUACCUGCUGUGAGGAUGACAUUGUACCCCAUGUCUUACCUUUUAUUAAAGAACAUAUUAAGAAUCCUGAUUGGCGUUACAGAGAUGCUGCAGUUAUGGCUUUUGGUUGCAUCCUUGAAGGGCCAGAAGCCAACCAGCUCAAACCUCUUGUCAUACAGGUGAGUGGCCAGUCUGUGGUUUGUUUUUUUUUGGGGAGAGGAAUGUGGCAUUUACCCUAUUGCCUUUGUCUAAUGAUGACAGGUUCAUGCACCACGCAUAAUGUAUUGUGCUGAUUAUGACUUUCUGAAGAUCACUUUGAAAGGUUUGCCACAAUCCUAUCCUCUCACGGAAGCUUAAUACUUUAUUUGGCAUAAUUCUAAGUAUUUUCCCCUUUGAUAUUUGUGGACUAGAUUGCCUAUUAACCAGACCUAUUUUAUUUUCCUCAGGCCAUGCCAACAUUGAUUGAACUAAUGAAGGAUCCCAGCGUGGUGGUUAGGGACACAACUGCAUGGACUGUGGGCCGGAUAUGUGAGCUCUUGCCAGAGGCAGCCAUCAAUGAUAUGUACCUGGCCCCUCUUCUGCAGUGCCUCAUAGAGGGACUUGGGGCAGAACCCAGAGUGGCAACCAAUGUCUGCUGGGUAAGGAUAUUGGAACCUUUUGGCUUUGAGGUGCAUUAGUUCACAGGCAGUUAAUUUAAAUACAUUGGAGUCUGUUUUUCUUUAGGUGUGCAGAAGUGUUUGCUUAAAUGUGUGUAUUUUCAGGCCUUUUCCAGUCUGGCUGAAGCUGCCUAUGAAGCUGCUGAUGUGACAGAUGAACAACAGGAACCUGCAUCUUACUGCCUGUCCAGCUCAUUUGAAGUGAUUGUGCAGAAAUUGCUGGAGACCACAGACAGGUGAGUGCAUGGACAUUAGCAUGUUUCGAAUUUCCAUUAUCUCCCAUAGUUAGUAGAUUAUUCCAUGUAAGCAGCUUAAAUGUGUAUUCCUGAUGCUAUAGUGUCCUGGUCGUAGUUUAGGUGACACCCCACCCUGAAAGGUUAACUACGGUGUGACGGUCCAACCCUCUCUGACUGUCUUGGGUUCCCUUUCUCCCAGUAGUUAGCGAAUAAUCCUUCCAGGCAGAGUGCAGACACAAGCAUAGCAUAACCCCUCACACAUGAGCCGAGGCUUAAUGCUGGGUAGAGAUCUGUUUAAUGGCACACAAAGCAACAGUAUUCAUGCAGUAUAACAACUCCUGCUCUGAGGAAAAAAGAAAAAUGAGUUAUAAGGGUCAGAGUUUGAAAAUAUGACAGUUAUUAAGGGUUUAAACUGGUGUAUUUUAAGGCGGGAGGGAUGGGGAGAACGAAACAGUCGAACUAAGUCCAUAAAAUGGAUUUUCUUCACAUACGGUAUUACUACUUAUUCUAUGUGCGCUGCUCUUACCAUGGCUGGCCCCACCUCUUUUGGUGAGAUCACAUAGCUUGAUGAUCUCAAUCCUAUGCUUUCCCAAAGGAAAUUAUUGGGAGAGUAGUGUGCAUGAACAGCAAGGUGCUUUGCCAGUUAGAUGGACUCAGUCCAUAGAAUUUGAAAUUUGGCGUGCUUUUUUUUUCGGAAGAAGUGCCUCUAGUAUCCUCCUAUGUGACCACCACUAAAAGCAUGUAAACAUUGCUGUUCCUGCACAAUGGCAAUGUUUACACCUGCAGGGUUGAAAUAGGGGAACAUGGAAACCCUGCAAAAGCUUUGAUCUAAAGUCGAACACCUUGACUGCCUGGAUAAUUGCUUGUGCUGCUUUGUCGUUGUGGGAUUGCUGGUUCUACUCCAGAGCACCAGGUGGCUGCUGGGAUUGAAUGUGGCUCCUAACACCAUUUUUUUAUCUAAAGUCUGGUGACCCAGACCUUGCUGUGAAUAUCUGAAGACUUUCUCUUCUUGCUACCAGGUAAUUUUAGACCAGUUUAAAUCAAAUAUUUUGGAGCAGGUGUGUAGGGCUCUUGGGAACCUGCAUCUGCAUCUAAGGGAGCACUUGUACACAUCCUUGAACAAGACAAUAUCUAAAAUAGUCUUUAUUUUUGCAUUAUGCCCUGCAGUAUUUUCCUUGGUCGAAAUGUGUGUAUAUAGGGUGUAGCUCUAGCUGAUGAAAUAAAAUGAGAUGUGUAAAUUAACAAACUUCCACCAAGAUACAGAAAUGCCAGCAGUCAGCACAUUAACAGAGAGCAGACAAUCUCCCAUAGCCUUUAGUGCUGUAAACUAACAAAAGCGGCUUCCAGUGCAGCUUUGCCUCUUCAUGCAGACCUUACUUCUUUUAGUCUCUACUGACGGGGGGGAAAAUGGAGCACAUCAUUUUGUAUUUGUUUCCUAUUGCAACUGAAAUGCUGGUUGUAAUUAUCACUUCCUACCUCUUAAUGUUUACUAAACUGUGCUUUAAUUGCCUGUUUCUCAUGCCACAAUUAGUUUUCUAUGAAAGUACUGUUUAGAAAACAUACACGGGAAUACAAUACAUGUCUGUGUGACAGCAGCUCGGCUCUCUGACCAGUGUUAUCAGUGGCUGAGCUGUGUACAAAUGUGAGUUAGGAAGAAUGUAUGUAAGAAGAGGGCAAUAUAACCCCCCAAGAAACGAUUCAAUAGCAAAACCUGUCAAAUCUAUUUGUUCUAGCUAACGGAAUGUUCCUUUUUUUUUUUUUUUAAAUUAAAGGUUACUCUGACCACCAUGACCUCUUCUGGUUUUAGAAGUUGUCAUGGUGGAAGGAAUCUGCAGCAUUUCUUCUUGAAAUGCUGUACAGAGAUAUAUAUUCACUUUUGUGCCAGGGGUUAGCUUCACCGCUGGCCGCACAUGACAAAGGCAGACAGGUUACCUAAUGUUAAAUCUGUGCAUAUAGUCUGUCGGCACAUGGGCAAUAGGCAUUUUCUCUCUGCUGUUCCCACCUCCUUAUUUUUCUAAUACCUUUUUUGUUUCUUCCUCCUCCACUUUUUAUACUUCCUUCCCAGCUCAGAGCAUAUGCGCUCUGAGCCAUUGAGAAGGGUCCAAUCAAAUUCUUUUCUUUGAAAAGUUUGACUGGACUUUGUGAGGGUAGCAGUCAUGUCUGGCAAGGAGUUGAAACCAGUGCAGGGAGCUUCCAUCGGCACCGGAUUCCAGGUAAGGUAUUACUUAAUUUAGCAGCUUUUUAAGUGGGUGUAUUGUAAAUGAAGCGGUUAUUUUAAAAGGGUUAUAAUAAUCCUUUAAGUGUACACCUCUUUGUCAGGUUUCUUUACACAUAUAUGAAAAAAUUAAUAAUUUUUCCUCUGUAGACCCGAUGGGCACCAGAACAACUUACGAAGUGCUGCAUAUGAAGCAUUAAUGGAAAUAGUUAAGAACAGCGCCAAGGACUGCUACCCUGCUGUGCAGAAAACCACAUUGGUGAUCAUGGAACGGCUGCAACAAGUACUUCAGAUGGAGGUAGGCACUGCAGACCCCCUAAAGUACUCUUUGGGUGAAGCGUGUGUGUGUGUGUGUGUGUGUGAAAAAAAAAUUGCAAAGACUUUAAGCAGUGUUUGCAAGCUAUUGGAUAUACAUCAAAUGAAGAAAAAAAUGAAUAAUUGCAUGCUAGUUUUCAUUUGGGUUAAAUCUACUAAAUUGUGAUUUUUAUUUUUUUAUUUAUUUUGGGCAGUGGAUUGUUCCUUUAGGAGCAUUCACUGUGUGAGACAGACUUUUUUAAAGCCAGGAGUUUGUUCUUAUACCACCUCUCCUUUCUUUUCAGUCCCACAUACAAAGCACGUCAGACAGGAUACAGUUUAACGAUCUCCAGUCGCUUCUUUGUGCUACACUACAGGUAAGGGAUUCUCCUAAAUGAUAAAUCUAGAUCUAAAUGUCUCUUCUGAACACCACAAUGUUGUCCUGAUUUGCUCACGUUAUUGAUGUAUGUCAAUCUAAUAUGGCAGUGUUUUACAAAAAAAACAUGCUGAGUACACUAUUACUAUUAAAUAUAAGGUGGUGAUGUCAAAGGAUGAAGCAUUCAUGCACCACACAGAAUCAAUGCUGUGUUGAUUAUGAAUUUCUGAAGACUUCAGUGUUGCCAGUUUCUGAUUACUUGUUUUGAGGAGGGGAGCAGCUAUUCUAGCCUACAUCUUGCUAGUCUGUCUUCUCCACUCAUCAAUAAAUAAACUUACAAAUCUACACUUCUGUUGUGAUUAAUGUUGUGGUAUUUUUACAAUACUUAAACCAUGUAACUGUAGAACAAAAACAUUUUGUUCAUCUUAGAAUGUGCUGCGGAAAGUGCAACCCCAGGAUGCCCUGCAGAUAUCUGAUGUAGUGAUGGCCUCAUUGCUUCGCAUGUUUCAAAGUACUGCUGGCUCCGGAGGGGUACAGGAGGAUGCCCUCAUGGCUGUUAGCACUUUGGUUGAAGGUAAAUUUCUCCACUUUUUUAAUAAAAAUUUGUGGAAAUUUUUUUUUGUGAAAUUGUCUUUAGUCUGUCUCUAAGUAGGAACAUAUUGCAAAGAUCAGAGGGAAUUUCUUGAUGGGUGUGUGUGAUUUCAUGCAGUGCUGGGAGCAGAAUUUCUUAAAUACAUGGAGGCAUUUAAACCUUUCCUUGGCAUUGGGCUGAAGAAUUAUGCAGAAUAUCAGGUAUGUUGAUGGCCUUUGAGUUGAUUCACUACUAUUAAAGCUUAGGCUUGCUUUUUUUUUUUGUCCUGAAAUAUGUCCCCUCUUCUGAUUUAGUUGAUGACCUUAUAAUAGGAUUUUUGGCUUAACACCUUCAUUAAGGAAUAAUAAAAAGUAAGAAGCUAAAUCAUACGAAUGCAUGGAGCAGUACAGAUGCAGAAAAUAUCAAUAAGCACAAGAUGAUGUGCCGUGCCUUGAGUCUAUACAAAACACCAUAGAAAUGCUUUUAGUUAUUGUAUGUGCUGAUUGUUGCACGCGCAGUGGUCCCUCUUUCUCGAAGGAGAAGCAUUAGAUUGGCUGUGAUAAUAUUUUUCAGCCAGGGUUGGAAUGGUAGCCACAGUGAAAUUAGAAUAGGCCUAAUGGUAAGUAAAUCUUCAUUAUUUUAUUGGGGAUUGCUAAAUCUAGAUAGAACACUAACGUUGGUAACAAACCUAUAUUUCCAACGUUGGUGUGCUUCAAGAUUUAUUUAUUUAUUUUUAUUUUUUUUUCUCCUGAGCUGUGGCAGCUGAAGACUUAAGGUGGAGCUCAAGGCUCUGCUCCUGGAAUUUGAAACCACCCCUUUAAAGGGAUACUCCAGGCACCCAGACCACUUCUGCCCAUUGGAGUGGUCUGGGUACCAACUCCCACUACCCUUAACCCUGCAAGUGUAAUUAUUGCCGUUUUCAAAAACUGCAAUAUUUACCUUGCAGGGUUAAGACCUCCUCCUAGUGGCCGUCUACUAGACAGUCACUAGAGGGACUUCUGUGUUUUUAGAACACAGUGUUUUAAGCCACGCUGGAUGUCCUCACGCUAUGAAAGGACAUCCAGCAUCGCCGAAAUCCCCAUAGGAAAGCAUUGAAUAAUGCUUUCCUAUGGGGAGGUCUAAUGCCCGUGCGCGGCCAUUGCCACGCAUGCGCAUUAGGCCUCCCCCGCUGCUGGCUUGGGAGGAGAGUAGGUGGAGUCUGGCCAGCGCCGAGGGACAUCGGCGCUGGACUCCCUUAAGUUUCUGAAGGGGUUUUGACCCAUUCAGCAAAUUGGGAUGGGGGGUGGGAGGGAGAGGGAAAAAGUUUUCCUGGCACUGGAGAAUGCCUUUAUGUGACCACCAUCUUCUGACUUGGUGGACUCUGACACCAUGUACACCAAACCAUAAUGGUUGUCCUUGUACAGUAUACAAAUGUCUAUAGUAUAGAGAUACAUACAUAUAUGUAUUGCAGAAUUACCACGGCAGUUGGCAUCAUGAUUUACAUCUUUCAUUUCAGCACCAACAUGACACGACUCAGAGCAGAACUACUGAAGACUGGGUAAGAAAAGGUAGAGCUAGAGACCUGGCUCUUUAUACAGAGACCGUGUGCAUUGUAUAGGUAACUAAUGUCCUUUUACUCUGAACCCAUUAAACACACGGGUUCAGUAUAAAGAGCCAGGUCUCUAGCUCUACUUUUUCUUAUCCAGUCUUCAGUAGUGCUGCUCUGAGUCGUGUCAUGUUGGCGCUGAAAUGAAAGAUGUAAAUCAUGAUGCCAACUGCCGUGGUAAUUCUGCAAUCAGUGUUUUGUGGUGUACUGUAAGUUGACUGUGCACAGACAUCAUUUAUGUAACUUAUCUGAUUAGUUUCAUUGGAGUUAGAUUCUAGAAUUCUGAAGCUAAUCAGAACUGCAAAGUUAUUGAAACGAGAUCUGUGCAGUUUGGCUUUUUGCUUAACAAAGUGAUGUGAUGAGCCAAGAACAUACCGCUCUUCAUGCAUUCAUUGACAGUUGGCUCAGAUACCCAAACUGCAAAUACAUAGGUCACUUAAAAUCUUGUUUGUCUUGACAAAAACAAGGACAAUUAACAAAUAUACUGUUAUGUUUAGUUACACUCUAAAACUUAACCGGGAAGCAACACCUGAAGUUCCCCUCAAUUAUCUUCUUUUUUUUUUUUUUAUAUUCUCUAAUAAAGGUGUUAAUAUUUAAUUCACAAUUUGAGUUUAAAGCCCUCUCUAGCUAUCACUUCAAACAGCCAACCCUGAAACUGCCUUGUGAUUGUGUUGUGUAUAUGUACAGAACUUGUCCAAGGCACACGAGACUUAGAGUAGUAUUACCAUUAUUGAAUUGCAGCCCAAACCUAUAAAUUAUUCCUUCCUUACAGGUGUGCUUGGCUACUGUAGGCCUUGUUGGAGACUUGUGUCGUGCUCUGCAAACAAACAUUCUGCCGUUUUGUGAUGAAAUCAUGCAGCUUCUCCUGGAGAAUCUAGGGGUAAGAACAAUGGAGAAAUGUAAUAGAGCAUUACUGCUUCAAAAGAGGAACAAUCACCUCCCUUUUUAGGAGCUAGUGACUCAUAUUUGCAGUGUCUUAUGAUGACCAGUUCAUGCACCACACAGAAUGUUAUGUGUUGAUUAUGAACUUCUGAAGACUGUUUUGAAGAAUACUUUUAUUGAAGGAAAACAUCAUAGUUCCUUUUAUUCUUACUUUAUGGACCAAGUAGGGCUCUUUUUUGCAAGUCACUUGCUUUAGAACCACCUCCUGUGGCAUCCACGUGAACGUCACUGGGAAUCCCAGUUCCCUCACUGACUUAAUUUAGUGAAUACCAGAUGUUCAGUAGUGAACUGGCAUUUCCUUGUAGAAGUACUGUAAAAGAGAAAUAUUGCUGUACUGUAUUGGCCUAUAUUUUAUGGAUAAAUGCUACCCUUUUUAGAACUUCUUCCCCACUCCUGCAUUUGAUGUGACUGUUCAAUUAUCACAGGGCUAGACAAAUCCAAGCUUGCCAUGGCAACUAGGAAUUUUGUCCUGGCGUCUGCAAUUUGUCCGCCUGUUCAGCAGAAGCGGCUCUGCUCCCUCGUGUGCCCUACAGUGGUAUCCCUGCCCUGCAUCACUAAACAGUGCGCAAGGGAGAAGCGCUUGAAGAGUACAGGAUCAAGCAGCAGCUCAGGACCCCUGGGAUAAAAUCCAUGCCAGCUCUACAAAAGGCUGGGUGGACUUAAGAAAAGAGAAUAUUUGUGUGUGACUGCCUCUCUGAUCUUAUGGAAAAGGUGUUUUUACUCACGAUGUGACUUUAUAACCAUGGCUGAGAUAAUCAAUCUUAAUCCAAUAGGAAAAAAUUGUUAGGCUAUUUCAGAUGCCAGUCUGCAUCUCCUCAUAGAUGUAUUGAAUCUGAAUCUCUAUGGGGAAUAUUCAGUGCCUCCAUGCAGAGUGUGGAAAUGCUGAAUGUAGAUGCUGCACAUUGUGCAGCACUGGACUAGAAACCACCUCAAGUGUGUGUAACUAGAGGUGUUAUUGUGCUGCAAUAUAAACACUGCCUUUUCUCUGACAAAAUAUAGACACAACCACUACAUUGGGCUGUAGUGGUUCUGGUGACUAUAGUGUCCCUUUAAGAAUUGUAUGUUUGUAGUUGAAAAUUCAAAAUAUUUUAUAAAUAUCCUUGCUCCAAGCAAACUUGUCAAGCCCUGACUUAACAUGCUCUCUCCAUUCUUAUGUUUCCUUUCUAGAAUGAGAAUGUUCACCGUUCUGUGAAGCCACAGAUUCUUUCUGUGUUUGGUGAUAUUGCUUUAGCCAUUGGAGGUGAAUUUAAAAAAUAUCUAGAGGUUGUUCUAAACACAUUGCAGCAAGCAUCCCAGGCUCAAGUAGACAAGGUAAGGAGUCAUUUCUCUUUUUUUUUUUUUUUCUUUUUUUAUUGUAUGUGUAUAGCUCUACAUACAAGAGGGCUGCACAUUGCAUUUGAAAGGUGCUGCUGGGACCAUUUAAUACACCACUUCAACAAACCUUUAUAUAAUAUUCAAAUAUAUAUAUUGUAUAAGGGCUUUUAAGCUUACAAAAGUUGAAGUGUUGUAUGUAUUGGCCCCUGCUGCACCCUUAGAAUGGAUGAAAGUUGAAAGACUUCUUGUAUGAAAUUUGGCAAUCAAGGACCAACUCUCUUCGAUUUGUACCUGUCACAUGCACUUCAAUCAGGUCUCUAUUUAACUUUGCACUGCAGAAAACCCCAGGUGGAGGAUUUCCCAGAGUAAGUGGGUUAAUCUUAUAAGAGCAGGCAUUGGGUUGUUAUGAUAGGAUAUGCCAAAAAUGAGGUUGUGGUAUUGUCAGGCUUCUGCAAUGUAUGAUCGUAUACUGUGACUCCCAAUUUUUAACUAAGUCACAUGUAAAAAGCAAAAAAAAAACUAGUGUUUUGUGAGCGCUGAAGUUUGUGUAUAGCAAGUGAGUGCUCUACUUCUGGUGCGUAUGAUAUAAAUCAAAGGGAGGCCACCUUUAAAGGACCACUAUAGGCAGCCUGGGUAGUCUGGGUGCCAGGUCCAUCUAAGGUUAACUCUGCCUGCUGUAAACAUAGCAGUUUCAGAGAAACUAUGUUUACAUAUAGGUUAAUCCAGCCUCUAGUGGCUGUCUCAUUGACAGGCGCUUCUCACUGUGAUUUUUCACAAUGAUAAAACGCCAGCGUCCAUAGGAAAGCAUUGCAAAAUGCUUUCCUAUGGACUGACUGCACGCAGCUCUUGCCGUGCAUUCAGCUGAUUAUGUCGGAAGGAGAGCCCCCAGCGCCGAGUGAGCCCAGCGCUGGUGAAAGGUAAGAGUUUAACCCCAUCCUACUCCUAGAGCCCAGCGGGAGUGGGACUCUGAGGGUGGGGGUCGGGGGGGGUGACCUAUUAACACUAUAGUGCCCUUUAACAAUCCAGGCGUUGUGGACUACAUCUUUUAUAAUGCUCUAUCGCCAUAAUACUGGCAAAGCAUCAAGGGAGAUGUUUCUUUACCCCUGAACUAUUUGUUCACAUAGGCUUGCAGGGGCAAGUAACUUAUUAAAGCCUGAUUAGUGGUGUACAUAGUAAUCUAGGUUGGAAAAAAGAGUUUACACUUUAAACUCUAUUCUAAUUUAUUUUAUUUUAAUAUUUUUUUUAAAAACAAUUUCCAACUGCAAAUUAUGAAGUGAUGGUGUCUUGUUUUUAUGGUGGUAAAAAGCCUUUUUGAAGGUGUAUUCUCAAACCAUCGUGGCUAGCCCUUUAAACUUCUGAGUGACUCCUCUCUCCCACCUAAUUUAGAAAGGACAAGAUACAAUGAGAAAGGGCAUUGCCUGAAACAUUUUGUAUAGAUGCUUGUUCUUCAAUUAAAGCUGUAGCACUUGUUGCACACACUUAUGGUUGUCUCCCUUUUUUCAAAAUGUUGUUUGCAUAGAUCACCAUAGGAGCCACAGUGAGGUGGGAUAGCAACAACUGUACCUUAUUGUUUUACUGGUUAUAUGGAGUACUGUGGUAACUCAGGCUUUUUUUUUUUUAAAUGUAAUUACUUUAGACUGACUAUGAUAUGGUAGACUACUUGAAUGACCUACGAGAGGGCUGCCUAGAAGCAUACACUGGGAUAAUCCAGGGGCUCAAAGGAGACAAAGAAAAUGUGCACCGUGAGUAUGCAGGGUUUUUCUCAGAAUUCUACAAAGAUGAGCUGAACAGUAAAUUGAAGUAGAUGUUUUACUUUGAAAAUGAUUACAUUUUAGAGUAGAUACUAUGGUCUGCUUAUAUCAAUGUACAGAACUCUAAUAAAUCUUUGUAUAAUAGUAACAUGCUAGCAAUUUGAUUAACAGUAGUAAUCUACAUCUAAGGCUUUCUACUGAUUCUGUUGUAAGUCACUUGUAUUCCCUUGGUAUCUUUAUAUUUUUUAUUUUUUUAAUCUUCUUUCUCCCUUUGCUUUUGGCGGGUAUUCUUAUUCUUGGCGGGUAACAUUGAUAUGAAAAACUAAAUCUCUUUUAACCUAGUUAUCUCUUGUCUUAUUUGGAGGGAUCCUAGUUUUCAAAAGUCAGAUCUAAUUCUAGUAUGGCAUUCUUGUCCUGAACUGCUUCCACAGUCAACUGCAAGAAGGGCAGACAGAAAAUCUGUUUUCUACUCUGAUGUCCUGUUCACUUUUUUCUACAGCUGAUGUGAUGUUGGUACAGCCACGUGUGGAAUUCAUCCUGUCGUUUAUAGACCAUAUUGCUGGUGAUGAAGAUCACACGGAUAGUGUUGUGGCCUGUGGUGCUGGGCUCAUUGGGUGAGUCUGUGUGCUAGCUAGAUCAUUGUGUACCUCUGGUGAUUUUUAGUUAUAAGUGGACUGCAAGAGUGGAUUUAACUGCGUGCCCCAUUUCCCCUCACACACAAACACCUCUACCUAUUUAAGAAAAUUUUAAUAUAUUAUGGUCAAAGUGGAUUGCAAGUUCAUAGCUUAACAAAUUUAUCUUGUGAUACAACCCAUUUACAAACCAUUUUGUAUCUGUCACACAUAAGAUUUUGUGGCUAUUACUGAAACUAGUCCUAGAAAAGAAGAUAGGAGUUUGGCAUUUUCUGACCUUGUCUCCAUAAGUACACCUGGCUCAAUACAUCUAGCCCUGGGACAUUUAACUCCACAUUGGAAAGAAUGUGUUUGUUGCUGUGAUAGUAGCUGGAUUACUAUCUUUGUUCUAGGUAUACAUUUUUCACAUGUCACUUGGUUUCAAUUACAAUUGGCACAUUCUUUUUCUAUGUAUUCAUGCAGAGAUUUAUGCACAGCAUUUGGGAAGGAUGUCCUUAAAUUGGUAGAGACUCGACCAAUGAUUCAUGAACUUUUAACAGAGGGGAGAAGAUCCAAAAUGAACAUGACAAAAACACUUGCUACUUGGGCCACCAAGGAAUUGAGGAAGCUAAAAAACCAAGCCUGGUAAGAAUGUGAGGGGCGGCUUUAGUUGAAUCUGGUACACAUGACUUCGUAUUUGGACAUGGUUAUUAUCCCUCAGUGCCUGAUUACAAUUGUUUGUGCUUUUUUUUUCCCCCCUCUCUUUCUCAGACCUCACUAGGUGGGUGAUAUCCGAUAUCUCACUGGAAAUCUCCAACCUUUUUGAAAACACACAAUAUAUCCCGGAAGUGAGAAGUAUGAGCGGGUACUGAAUGUUUGGGAAUGAGAGGAUGAGUGAGUGAGGCUUCAAACAUACCGCAUGGAUAAUGCAACCACAGCAGUGCUGUGAGAAGAGCAGACUUCCUGGGAGAGAGGGAGAAGAACCCCACUAUGGUCUGCCAACCCCCCCAAGAGGAGCAAGCGCAGUUGGCCUCCAUUAAGUAGGCAUCUGCUUUCACUGCCUUGUGGCCAGGGCAGAGCAAGAGUGACUGGUGUAACAUAUAUUUUUUUUUUUUUAUUCAUUAGAACACAACAUAUGGCCCCAAUUUUCUUUCUUUUCUUUUUUUUUUGUCCUCCACCCUGCUGAAGAACGCGGCCCAACCUGUCACUUGCUGCGCACCCUAUCUCUGAGAGCAAGGGGACUGAGUGGAAGGAUUCUCAGAAUGAGUGUGUGUGAGUGAGGAGGUACAGCAAUGUCUUCAGUCUGAACUUCAUUUGCAGUUUAUUCUGAUUCUGAGGAGAAGGCAUUCAGUGUUCUGAUUGCUUCUGGAUUCCCCUAGAUGAACAAUACAGCAUUGAUUCCAGAAGCACAACACAAGGAUUCUAUAUUCCAAAAGUUCUGUUUCUCUAGUUGAAUUUUAUUUUUACGUUUUUACUACCAGGGGUGCCAGCAGUAAUGCAGGGACUUGCAGACACGCCUGGCAGCAAAACAGUUGAGGGAAACACUGGCUUGGAUGUUCUGUAGUCCUAUAGUAAGCGAGCUGCUUGUGGCAUUAACUUACUUUUUCUUGAUCUGUGAAAGGGGUGGGAGCAGAGGAAUUGUAUAAAAUCAGUUGUGGGAACAGGAAAAUGUUAGUUCAGCAUACCGUGCCCUAUUUAUCUGGGGAAAACAAAAAAAUAGAAUUUAAGUAAAAUAAUUUUUUUUUUUUUUUUUUUUAACGUGUAAGAUUCAUCUUUCAGAAACUAACAGCUUUGUCCCUCAAAUGUGCCAAAGAAACAAAUCCAUUAAGACAUCUGCAAUGUGAAUAACUGUAUCACUGUGGUGGGAUAAUUGGUGGCACACUGCUAUGCACAGUUGUGCUCAGCAGUCUGUUGCUGGCCCCCUUUUGCAGCAAAGUUUUGAAACCAACCAGAUGAAAUGAUGAAGCAAAAAAGUGAUGCUAUGCCAUAGAGAGCUACGCUACCUUUUAUUUCACUGACAAAUGUGAUCUUCAAUCUCCUGCACUUAAAUACAGAAAACUGAAGAAAAAAAAAUAGUUUAAAGGAAAAUAAAUAAAAAAAAUCUAUAAGUAUAUUCUAGAUACGGACUGGACGUACGUUGGACCAUGGCACUUGUACAAGGUUCUAUUUUUUCACUGCAGUUAAAGAUUAAUAAAAUGGUGUCAAACAUCCCCUGCCCUUCUUUUUGUGUUCUUGGUGUGAUCACAUAAAGGGAUUUUGGCGACUCCCUUCCCAUCCACACCUUUCCUUGUCCUGCCUCAAGUGCAUGGCUUGUGGCAAUCUUACUAGGAAUGAUUGAUUGUUUGGCUCUGUUUUUUUUUUGUUUUUGUUUUUUUUUCCUCUUCAACUUGCACACACCGCUUUACUAUGCUAAAGGAAAAGACUCACCAACACAUGUUUUUCUUCCUUUUGGUUUAUGGUUUCCAUCAUUUUGGGAGAUGAGGAAAUAAACCUGUGUAUUUGAAACCCUGAGACUUGCGCUCUUUCUCCCAACGGUCUGCAUAUUUGCUCCAUGAGAUACUCAAUAGGUAUUUAGAAAUCCGUGUAUACUGCUGCAGACUGUUAGUAUGUCUAGGCAAUCAGCCUGUAUAACAUAGCAUUAGUUGAUUAAUCCGCCAUAUACAGGCAGCAGGAUCACUUACCAUUCUGUGCCUUGUGGCUUCUGUUCAGUGUAACAUUCAAGGACUUUAACAGACUUACUAGAUAAUCAUUACAGCAGUCACUAAAAUAUAGAGGUUACUGCAUUCAUGAUUGACCUGACAACUCUCUUUAGAAAAUAACUGAGCUGACCUGGGCUCAACUCUCUGGCACUGCUGGGGGUUUACACUUAUGUCACAUUGAGGGGAUAACUGGGAAGUAUACAGCUAAAUAUUUCUCUAUGCUUCCUGUGUCUAGGCUUUUGCCAUUUGUACACUGCAAGGAGAAUAAACAGUGACAUAGUGCUGUAAAUGAAACCUGUGUGUGUGUGUGACUGUCUUUGGUUUCCCAGGUUGUAUGCAUUUCUUUGAGUUCCGUCACAUUGUUUAAAAAAAAAUAAUAAUAAAAAAUGGUUUGCCUAAUGCUAGUGGCAUUUGUGGGGGAAAAGUGCCAAGAGAUUGCAUAUACACCUCUAAAUCAUUUAAAAAUGCGCAAGAGCUAUAUCUAGGUAGGUUUUCUUGUACUUGUGUGGUACAUGAAAACUACUAAAUAUUUCACUUGGCUUCUUAAAUAGUAGACAAUACAAAGUAUUUUUUCAAAGGAUUCUCUGGCAACCUGCGGAACUCAUUGCAUAAAGUAGUAAUCUGCAUACCAAAACAAUUUUAACUUAAUGACUGUUCUUGUCUGUAGAUGGUAGCCCUGCAGUCUUACUGCUAAAUUAUCUAUUUAGGAGUUAAACUUUGGCUGUAACUCACACACAACCAAAAUGAAAUACGUUUUUGUUUUGUUUUUUUUGCAGAGUUUAGCAGCUAGACUGCAGGGGCAUGGUCUAUACACCAAAACUACUUCAUUAAGCCAUUUGAUUUGGUGCCUACAGUGACCUCUUAAAGAAAAGUGUCAUAACUUUUUGGCAGUUUAGAAGAUCUACCCUCAAUGAAAACAUAUGCAUCCUUUUGGAGGGUAUAAAAAAAAAAUCCUAGUUUAGCAUGCCUGCUGCUUCCUUAGUUCUUUGGAGCAAAAUAAAUCCUCCUUUGCUGGGGGAUUUUUUUUUUUCCCCAGCAAAGUUUUUUAUGAAUGUGCUGAUUUUUAAUAUGGAAACACGUAUUUAAAAAAAAAAAAAAAAUCACAAAUCACAUACUACAGACACUCAAAGCUGUUCAAGGGUUGCUCCAUGCUAACUUUAGUGAUUUGAAGGGUUCAUAGUUAUUUUAGUUAUUGGCAUUUAUAUAGCCACAAAUUCUGUAGCGCUUAACAAGAUUAUAAAACGUGGAGAUGAAUGAGACAAUUACAAAAAAAUUAUAGGAACAAUAGGCUGAAGAGGACCCCCUCAAACCAGCUUAGUCUAGAGGAGGUGUCAAUCAAACUAGGUAGGAAUGAAGCAGAGCUGGGGGAGAGUAGAGUGCUGCUCUUUAGGUGAGGUAGAGGUUACGCUGGGGGACCAUAAGCUUUCCUGAAGAGAUUUUAAAGCGCUAUUUUAAACGAUUGGAAACUAGUGGAGAGUCUGGUGGUAGGCAAACUAUUCCAAAAGAAGGGAGCCGCCCAUCAGAAGUUCCUUGAGUUUGUAUGUGCAACUUUCUGCUAUGAAACUCUCCAUAUAGAGCAGGGGUGCCCAAAAGGUAGAUCCCCAAAUGUUUUAAAACAACAUCCUUCAUGAUGCUUUCUCAUUCUGAAGGCAUGCAAAGCAGCGUGGGAGUUGUAGUUCUAGAAAAUCUGGGGAUCUACAUCUUUGGCACCCCUGACGUGUAAAGUAUAACUCCUUUCCUGUUGAAGUUGUAACUCUACCUUCUGCAGCCCAGAAAGUGUUCUGGGCUGGUUAAUGUAAAUUUUGUGCAUUUAUUCCUCUCGCUGUGUGCCAUUUAUUGAGAGAUUAUCGACCAAUAAAUGUUGAUUGAAUUGGAUUCUGCAGCUCUACCCCACACUCCCUCCUUUUGAAAAGCAGCUUUAUUAGAUAUAUUUAGAUUCUACUUCUGAGCUGCAGAAAUCAUUCUGCCACAUACCUUUUGAAAUACUACAGAUAAGAGGUUGGUAAUUGACUGUAGUUAAGAGUUGUCAGUUGUGCAGCUCAUACUGAUGUCUUAUUGGGUGAAUAUGUACUGUAUAUAUUGUAAGCAGCAGUUUACUUAAAUGGCACGUGUUGUAUUAGAUCUAGGUCAACUGACUUUUUGGUGGCUUUGAUUGAGGAUGAGCAGAACUUUGAUGUGACCAGCACCUAAAUUAGUAUCAAUUCUCACAGUUCACUUGACAGUAUGAGCCACUGGGAGCUGUGCUGAUUGGAGCAGGCACUGUUUAAGACCUACGUUAAUAGAAAUUCAGUUGGAGAGAACUAAUAUAAUGCAGCAUAAGGACUUCUAGUUUGAAAUCUUUUUUAAGCAAAAUAAAAUAAAAUACAAAUUCUGUUUACCUGGGAGAAUCUGCCUGAUACACUGGAUACUUACUACUAUGAGCACUCACGUGAUUUGAAAUGAUACAUGGAGUAUGUAUGUAUAGAGUUUCAAUAUGAAACUUGCACAUAGUUUAACCCUCUGCUGCUGGAGGUUAUAACUGGCAAAGUCACUGUUGUGUUAAGAGUUCCAGGUGGCUAAUUCUGUGCAUGUUGGAUGUAUGAUAUCCGCAUGCUGACAAACAGGCUUUCAAUUGUGGCAUGACUUCCGUAUGCCUGUGUUUCUUUGAC